AUGUCGGCGCGGUCAAUUCUUGCGCGUCCACCGCGGAUACCCAUACAAAGUUUUGCUCGACGAGCCUAUUCUGUUUCCCUACAACCCUCGUUGGUCUAUCCACACAAGUCCGUUCCUCGUGUCUACAGCGAGCGCAAAACGUACCUCUACAACCAGUACACCCGCCUUCUCCAGUCCACAAAAACCUCUCCGCUUAUCCUCCUCCAACACACCGACUUUUCCGUUAAUCGUCUCAUCCAUCUCCGUCGCGAAAUUGCAGCAGCAGCGACAAAGCAUGCGAGCACCGCCCCCUCGCUCUCCGGCCCAUCCCCAACGCCCGUGCACGCGCCCGAGCUGCCGACGCUGACCUUCAUGCGCACCUCGCUCUUUGGCAUAGCCUUGCGUGACUUCGCACCCAUGGACGAGCAGAUCUCAAAAGAGAUCGCGCAACUGGUCACCGGCGGGUUCACGGUGCUCUCCUUCCCCACACUCAACCCACCGCUGCUCAGUGCGAUCCUCAAGGCGAUGUCGAAGGCCGUUCCGCCUCGCAAACCGAAGACGGAGGAAGAGCUCGAGCAGGAGCGCAAGGACAAGGAGGCCGCGUUCGUCCCGGGUCGUCGCCCGAAGCGCGUGCGCCUCCCGCCCACGCCGGAGCUCAAGGUCGUAGGAGCACUGAUUGAGGGUCGUGUUUUCAAAGCAGAGGGCGUGCAGACUGUCGCUGGGCUCCCGACCCUGGACACACUCCGGGCGCAGCUGGUGGGGUUGUUGAGUGCGCCGGCGACACAGUUGGCGAUGGUACUCAGCGAGGCGAGUGGUGGGAAGCUGGCGCGGACGCUGGAGGGCCUAAAAAAGAGUUUGGAGGAGGCGGAGAAACAAGACGCUCAAUCUGCAUCUCCAUAG